AGUGGGGAGCAGAGUCAGGCGUGGAGCCAUCGAUGGCUCCGGACCAGUGUGGCACUGGGCUUCAGCUGCUCCCUGGUAACCUGAAGAGGGAAAAGGGGGCUGCAGGUCUGGGCUGAGCUCCUGGGAUGAGGGGCAUGGUGUCUGGGGGCUGUAUGUCCAGGAGGAAGCUUCCCACCACCCCAGAGCAGUGCACAUGAAGGAUGGAGACCUGCACAGUGCCCAGGCUGGCAAUACCCACGUGAAACUGGUGCUUGGGCUGAUGUGGGUCUUCCCACAGGUGCUGUGCCAGGACAUGCCACCCUUCUGGUGUCUCAUCUUUCUUGGGGGCCUCCUGCCCCCCUCCCAGGGCUUCCUCAACCUGCUGAAACCAGCACAACCCAGCGGUGGAGGACAGCCUGGCAGCAGUGGGCUGCUCGGCACAGGCAUCCUUGGUGGGAAAGGCCUUGGAGCAGGACUCGUUGGUGAAGGACUUGGCACAGGAAUCCUUGGUGGAGAAGGACUUGCCUCAGGAAUCCUUGGUGGAGAAGGCCUUGCCUCAGGGAUCCUUGGUGGAGAAGGCCUUGCAACAGGCCUCCUUGGUGGGGAAGGACUUGGCAAUGGUCUCCUCAACAAUGGCCUCCUGGGCAAUGGCCUCCUGGGCAAUAACAGCCUUCUUGGAGAGACAGGUCUGCUUGGCACAGGGCUGCUUGGGAAAGGAGGUCUCCUGGGCAAUGGAAGUCUUCUUGGACUUGAUGGUGUUCUGGGUGCAGCAGGAGGACUGCUGGGUGGUGGCGGCCCCCAGAAGAUGACACGCUACGCCUGGCUGAAGGUGCUGAACCUCGAGAACGCCCGAGUGUCUUGGAAGGUCCUUCGUGGGACUGAGCUUGUGCUGAACCUGUACUCGAAGCUGGUGCUCCGCUUUCCAGGGAUUUUUCAGUUUCUGAGUGGAUCCUCAGUAGAAGCAAACAUCACAUCACACAUUGCCCUGACCCAGGACUCCCCCGGUGACCUCAAGCUGGUGGUUAAGAAUUGCAGCAACCUCCUUGGCGGCUUCAGCGUCAGCCUGCGGAAAGGCCUCCUCACCAAUGUGGUGAGCAGCUUGGUGAACAAGUCUCUUAAAUCCCUUGUCCCUGCGCUGCUCUGCCCAAUAGUGAACUUGUGGGUCAGCAUCAUCAACAUUAAUCUGCAAUUCCUCAGCCGUGUCAUCUCCUUCGGGCUUCUGGGGAAAAUCUACUCUGCCCUCUCCAAACUGCCAGUGACAUCUGGGCACUAUGUGGAGCUGGAUCUGCAGAAUUCCCCAUUCCCGAGCACCUUCAUCGACUGGCUCCUUCAGACUGCAGGUGUCAACCCCAGGAUCAAUCCGUAGCUGCAGGACUGACAGAGCCCUGGGUCCCCCUGCAGGUGAUUCCCAAGGAGGAAGAGGAGGGAAGGGAGAAAAACUACUCAGUUGGUGGAGAAUAGACAUGAAAAUGGAGAAACCCAACCAAGCAAAUAUUCUUUCUUCUGUCCUACAUUUCAGCCUUCUCA